CCCCCAUUCCCGCAACGCGCAAGCGCUCGAGAUCGUGUGGGAAUGGUUGGUCCGCGAACUGGGGGUUGGACCGCUACGAGCGAAACACAGCAAAAGAGUUUUAAAUGUCCGCCAUGUUGUCCAUGGCGCACUGAACCAGCGAUAGGGAGCGGAGCGUCGGAAAAAAACGGUCCGAGAGAGAGCGACCAAGAUCCGGGCCUUCCCCCGGCUCCGUUGGCGACGCCCUAAUACAAGCUACAACCAUUCGAACGUUAGAAUAGAGAUUAACAGCACAGAAACAUCCAUGAAAACUCCACUCGGUACCGCUGUGAAUAUUAGGAGAUCGGAUAGAUUUAUAUUGCAUCUGGAAUUGUGAAAAAUGAGUAAAUUGUCGUUUCGGGCACGGGCGCUGGACGCUUCCAAGCCACUACCCGUCUUCCGUUGUGAGGAUUUACCGGACCUACACGAAUAUGCAUCUAUUAACCGGGCAGUGCCACAGAUGCCUACGGGGAUGGAGAAGGAAGAGGAAUCGGAACAUCAUCUCCAGCGGGCCAUCUCUGCACAGCAGGUAUAUGGCGAGAAGCGGGACAACAUGGUCAUCCCAGUCCCCGAGGCGGAGAGCAACAUCACCUACUACGACUCCCUCUAUCCUGGGGACUACAAGAUGCCAAAGCAGCUAAUUCACAUACAGCCUUUCAGCUUGGACACAGAGCAGCCUGACUAUGACCUGGACUCAGACGACGAGGCUUUUGUCAACAAGCUGAAAAAGAAGAUGGAGAUCAGCUUCCUACAGUUUGAGGAGAUGAUUGACCGGCUGGAGAAAGGCAGUGGACAGCAGUUGGUGAGUCUCCCUGAGGCCAAACUGCUGCUGAAGGAGGACGAUGAGCUCAUCAAGGAGGUCUUCGACUACUGGAGCCGCAAGAGGAAAAACAGCAAGGCCAACUCACUCAUCCCCACUGUCAAGCAGGAGAAGCGGGAUGGCUCCAGCACCAGUGACCCCUACGUGGCUUUCCGACGGCGCACAGAGAAGAUGCAGACCAGGAAGAACCGUAAGAAUGACGAGGCAUCCUAUGAGAAGAUGCUGAAGCUGCGCAGGGAUCUCAGCCGAGCCGUCACCAUCCUGGAAAUGAUCAAGAGGAGGGAGAAGAGCAAGAGAGAGCUGCUGCACCUCACACUAGAGAUCUUUGAAAAGAGGAACGUCAUGUCAGACUUUGGUGGUGAGGUAAUGGCAGAGGUUCUAGCUGAACGAGCGCUGGUGAGGCCGCAGAUCAUUCCCCUGGUCCCGCUCACCAACCAGUACCGACACCAGGACCACAUGGACCUCAAGGACUACAAGUCCAAGCCUGAGAAGAUGGAGGUUCCUCGGCAGAAAAGGAAGUAUGAGAAGAAGCAGAAGGUGCUGCCUCUGUCAUCGGGCACCCCCCACCACCCUGGUCCUGUCGUCUUCAAUGCCAAGGACCUCAACCAGUAUGACUUCCCCAGCUCUGAUGACGAGCCCUUCUCCCAGCUACACUCAGGCUCAUCAGAAGCGGAGGAGGAGAAUGACCCAGAUGGUGCCUAUGCCUUUCGCAGGAAGGCAGGCUGCCAGUACUAUGCUGCUCGUCAGGAUCGUGUGGGUAGCUGGCCGUGGUGUGGUCCCUGGGAAGGCGGUUUGGCAGAAGCUCGUUUUCGCUACAGUUUCACAACGCUUACAGUGCCGCGGCGCUGCUUGGGUAUGGCUCGACGACGUGUGGGACGAGGCGGAAGGGUUUUGCUGGACAGGGCGUGCACGGACUAUGACGGCACUUUCCAUAGACCAGAUCCAGAAGUACUCGACCUGCCGCUCCCUCCCUCUCCUCCUACUCCUACUGCUAUGUCACGCUCGCCGGCCGCUGACAAGUUUGCCAGUACCUCAGAAACAAAUACCUCAGACAGAAGUUCCUCCUCGUUCAACCCCUCUCUUUCCUCUCCCUCUUCCACGGACCUCAGUCAGAUACUGUUGAAUAUAAAGUCAUGCCGAUGGAGGCAUUUUAGACCACGGACACUACCACUACAUGAACUGGAUAACGCCCACCCGCUGUUCAGGAGACUGAGUCACAGCCUGAAGCACCCAGUCUCUGUCGCCACAGCUGGGGGACAGCCGUUUGGCUGUCAGCGCCUGGGCAGGGUUGUCCCUGCACCUGCACCCGUUGCUGUUUUGACAGCUGAACAGUACCAGCAGCAUCAGGAGCAGCUGACCCUGAUGCAGAAACAGCAGCUGGAGCAGCUCCAGCUGCAACAGCAAACCAACAGCACUGCCACUGCCAACAGCACACAGGGCCUGGCGAACACAUUGGACCAGGUCAGCGCUCACUUUGCCGCCUCGGCCCUCGUCACCGCCGACCAACUGCUGGCUCUAAAAACCAAGGAUGAGCUAGCCCUGGGAGGCGGAGUCAAUGGCAUCCUCUCCUCCUCAGGUGUCUGCAAGGGCUUGCACAUCCCGAGCACAGUGUCCUCAUCCCUCGCUGCCCCGGCUCCUCCGACCACUACCCCAAUAUCCACCUUGCUCUACCCCUGCACCACAUCCGCUACCAGUAACAACAACGGCACCACUCACCCUGCGAACACCUCUAACACCACCACCACUCAGGUCCUGCUGGGAAACAACAGCAACCUUCGUCUGGGUGUUCCCACCGGCAAGCGCACCCACACCCCCCGGACGCUAAGCACCACCAUGUCAACAUCCGCCUUAAAGUACGCCCAUGCAACCGCCAACUGUCAGAAACCCAAGGUCACAGCGGCCUCGGCCUCGCCACUGGACAUAGUGCCCAGGGAGAAUCAUGAACAAGACAAGCCAGCACUAAACAGUCUAUCAGAGAACACAGUGGCCAUGGAGGUUACGUAGCCUCCCAUAAUGCAGCACUGGGGGGAAGCGUGACUCCGUUGUCAUCGUUGUUGUUUUUUUUGUUUGUUUGUUUGUUUUUUUUUUUAAGGUGCUAUGCAUCAUUUGUUAGUUGUGAAUGCAAGUGGUGGCGGAAUGAGCACAGCA